AUGAUGUCCUCUGCAACCAGUGCGCAGUGGAGACACAUAGCACGGGCAAUCGACAGGACUCCCCUCUGGUCUUCAUCGAGCAGGCCGUGUGUGCAGAGUGCACCACGAAGGCCGCACUGGUGCGCUGCCAAGACUGUGUGGAGCUCUUCUGCUAUGACUGCUUCAAGCUGA